CGCGUUAGCACGAUGUUAUCUAAGGGGUUGUUAGUGCUCUUAGUAGCCUACUUAACAGUGGCUACAACGCAUGCAAAAUCCGAUCGUUGUAAUUUUGACGAUUCUUCAUCUACACACAACGAUUUAGAGAAGGAAUGCAGUUCAUCGGAGUAUAGCUUCUAUGUGGAUUGUGUUCGAAAGAGAUCCAAGCGCUAUGCUGAUUGUUACGGCGCUCAAGAGUCUUGCGAUGAGGGUGAGAAUUGCGGUGCAUCGGAACAAUGCGGACAAUGUGAUUGCAAUUAUUGCAGUUACAAUGAGUGCGAUUCUAACUGCAGUUCGUGCUGCAGUGGAUAUGCAGCACCAUGCAGCACUCGAACGUGUUGUCAUGCCACGUGCCAAUCCACAUGUCGCACAUCAAGCUGUCGUCGUGGAUGCCGAUCACGCUGCCAUAAAUCUAUUGAGCAAUCCGCAAGCAAGACCAGUAGCAGUAUUACUAACGCAGGCAGUAAUACGGUUUCCUCUGAUCAAAAAUCAAGUGCUACGAACCAAGGAAAACAUAAUAUCACCACCGUCAUCAAUCUGAAGACUGUUGUCAAUAAUACCAACAUUGUUGACAUGCCCAUUCGGUUCAACAAUACCAACUUAAACAAUAUUACAUUGGAGUCCCCGAAACCAGGAGAGAUCAAUGUUAAUAUGCAGUCACAACCGCCGCAGAAUAUUAUCCAAUACCCUGAACAACCCCAACAACCCCCUCAACAACCUCAACAACCAAUAAUACAGUACCAACCACCAUAUCAGCCUCAACAGUGUUGCAACGUCAUAUCACCGCGUCAGUGUGUACCUAUACAAGAACCACCCUAUCAGAAUUGCUACCAUACGAAGAGUAAAGUUUGUGGUGAGGUGUGUACCGCAUCGACUAUGCAUGCCGAACCACAUCGUGUGUGCGAUCAACAGAUAGACACACAUAAGUACCAGGAAGCAUCUAAUUGUCAUGAACAAGUUGCCUACAUUCCACAACCGCAACCACGUUGUUUCUCCACUUCGCAAUGGCCCUAUGUCAACUGUAUGGUAGCGAAACCAAGUUGCGGCGGAUGUUACACCCAUUUGAUUCAUGGCGGGUCCGCACCAAGUAACUGCCCGAAUUCAUGUUAUGACAACGGAAUUAAUGUGGGUCCAUCCGGGUCGUUAUAUGGACAGGGACCACUGUAUCAACAACCGAUUCCACAACAAUAUGGUGGAUACCCGCAUUAUUCUGUGUAUCCAACUCAGCCCGGCCAAGGAGGACAGGGUGGGGUAUUUGAUGCAUGGGGGUUGCAAUCCAUUGGGCCGUGGUUCAACGAAGGAGGGCAAAAUGUUUCGCUACAACAGUACCAUGCAAAUUCAGGUCAAGCAGCGCCAUACAAACAAAAACGUCAUUUAGAAGACGGUAAAGAAACUUCCAGCGAAGACGACUCGUUAGAGUACAAAGUGGAAGAGUACCCUAUCAAAAUGGAUUAGAUAUAGGAUUGGCACAAAACAAUUUAUAUUCGUUUUGCAUCACUAAUCUUUUCUAGAAUAAUUACAACGCUACUUUAUUAAUGUAUAAAAAGUAGAAAUAUUUAUAGAUUUAUCAUUUUUUAUAUUCAACAUUUGUGUAUUGCAUAUAAGUUUUGCAGGAUUUUUUUAUAUUUUCUGGGAAAUAAAAGUAAAAUAAAAGGUUUAA